AUGGCAGGACAGUGUGGCUGGGGAGAUGGCAGGAGAGGAUCUGGGUUUGGUGCUAGAAAAGAUGCCCUCUCUGCUUCACAGGCUGGGCGCAGACCACCCGCCUUCCGGAGCCCGGGGGCCCAGGCACCGAGGAGAGCCCGGAAGAGAGCGGAAGGCGGAGCCAGCUCCAAUGUCUUCUCCAUGUUUGACCAGUCCCAGAUCCAGGAGUUUAAAGAGGCCUUCACCAUCAUGGACCAGAACCGCGAUGGCUUCAUUGACAAGGAAGACCUGAGGGACACCUUUGCUGCCCUGGGCCGCAUCAACGUGAAGAACGAGGAGCUGGAGGCCAUGGUGAAAGAGGCCCCUGGACCCAUCAACUUCACGGUCUUUCUGACCAUGUUUGGGGAGAAGCUGAAGGGCACGGACCCAGAGGAGACCAUUCUACACGCCUUCAAGGUGUUCGACGCUGAGGGGAAAGGCUUCGUCAAGGCGGAUUUCAUCAAAGAGAAGCUCAUGACCCAGGCAGACCGGUUCAGUGAGGAGGAGGUCAAGCAGAUGUUUGCAGCUUUCCCGCCAGAUGUGUGUGGCAACCUGGACUACAGGAACCUAUGCUAUGUCAUCACGCAUGGUGAAGAGAAAGACUAGGAGGAGAUCGUGGGCCUUCCCCCCAGCAGUAGGGAGAGGGAGCAAACACGGGUUCCGGGCAACCGGUGGGGAGCUCCUGUGACCAGCCUGCGGGAGGAAAGGCUCUCCUUGCCUUGUGGGUGGGGUGCAAGGCAAGAAUAAAUAAUGCUAACAAGG